AUACAAGUGUGACUACUUCCUAGAGGUAAGACACGGACCACGAAAAGAAUCAUGUUACUGCAACCAAAAUGUAAUGUGGUGGCAAAAUGCUUCAUUUAAAGCUACUAAGAUGCGUUUCUGACGGCCCACACCCGAGAUGCGUUGUCAGACGAGUGAACUUUCGACAAGUUAAAUCAUCAACUUCAAUGUACUUAAAAUGGUUGCAGAAUGUGAAUGAUGCUUCUAAGGCAUGGUCUCAUCCCAAGAUCUCUAGUUUGUACGAAAAGACUCGUCCAGAUUACAAUCUGGAUUCGGUGAAAUAUCUUUUGGAAAAAGUAGGCGCUUUAAAGCAAUAUUCUGGUCUUGAACCCUUUACCAUUGUUGAACUUGGUGCAGGUACUGGCAAAUUUACAAGAGCCGUUCUCAAAGUGUUAAAACAACAUAGUGUUCAAAAUUUCAAAAUCAUCGCGACGGAACCACUAAAAUCAAUGUGUGAUAUAUUCAAAGAAAUGGUACCUGAAGUUGAAAUAAUACAAUGCUCUGCAAGUGAUUUAUCAGAUUUUCCUGAUCACAUGAUAGAUACAGUAUUAGCAGCUCAAUGCUUCCAUUGGUUUUACUCUGAAGAAAAAGCAAUCAAGGAAAUCCACCGAAUUUUGAAGCCACUUGGAACUUUGGGUCUCAUAUUUUAUUAUCCUGAUCGAUCCGUUCCAUGGAUCAGAAGUAUUGAAGAAAUGCUCGAUCCCAAAUAUACGGCGGUCGGACAAAUUAAUACUUACGAUGAAAAAAUCCUUACUCCUUUGCUCAAUGUUGGGUUUUGUGAGGUAGCAUCUGAUGUUUCUGCAUUUAUGUGUUUUCAAGAGCUCGACAGAAAAGACCUUAUGGAGAGAUACAAAACAAAGAGUGUUGUUUCUGCUUCAAAUCAAGAUGAAAAAAUGAGAAUACUCGAAGCCAUCGAAGAAAUAUUGACAACAAAUGCGAACACGAAGUAUGAUGGGAAAUAUUUUUUUGAUUAUGUGAUGAAAAUUCACUGCUUUCAAAAGUUUUGAAAAAAAGUGAAUUGCUCUUUAAUACCAUUGGAUUAAAGUGACACGAGGGUCCAUUUAUUAAAAACCUCCAUACAUUUCCAUUUUAUCCCUAGUAGUGGAAAUUACGUCUUGAAAUCAUUUUAUAAAGCAAUCAUUUUGUGGUUUUGAUGGCAUGAUGCACACACGUGGUAUUGUUGAUCGAGGUCAAGCAUGUCCAGGAAAGUUCGUCUUUGGCUCAUGUUUCGCUGGCUUUUGAGCAUGGUUUUCAUUUGUUUUCAGAAAUGUGCAGUUAAAAUGACACUUUUUGUCGCUUGUUAGAAAAAAAAAGUGCCGCAGACUCAGAAAAUGUAAAAAGUUAAUUAUAUGCGAUCAAACUUAAAAAGCCUAACCCUGACCCUAACCCGAGUCUUUGGAAACAACAAACAUUUUUAAGUGUUUGCCGGAAAUAUACUGAAGUGAAGUUCCGACGUAAGAAAUGAUGUCAUGUCAUUUGGUAGUUGGAAAAGAGUAACGACCGUCAAAAUUCCUCGAAGCUUUGAACCAUUUCUAACAGUAAUGAUGAAACGUCCUUCAAGGCUACAGAGGCUACGGCUCAGCAGUGGCAGAUUACUCAGUAGGCUAAGUAUAGGUUCGUCCGAAAAAUUUAGUAAAAUGGACAAAAAAAAGUAUUGCGUAGCACAAACUAUAGCGAUUUGGAUUUCAUUUUUAAAAUCUUUGGAAGAUAAAAAUUCCCUUAUAUUUUUACGUAUAAACAAUUAGUCCUUGUUGUUUUCAAUUACUUUUCUGCUAAUGACUUUUUCAUGCAAUCUAUUAGCUAUACCAUUUCCAAUUAUUUAUUACAGGAAAUAUAUUGUAACUUCAUAUA